AUGGCCACCAAAUUCGCAGAUAUCGGCAAGGGACCUCGGGACCUUUUGAACGACGACUACACCACCAAGACUACGCUCAAGUGUAAGAAGAAUGCUGGCCCCGUCGCUGUCACUAUCGAGACUGAGAGAGGUGAGUCUGGAGCCCUUUCUUCCAAGAUCGGCACCAAGUUCGCCUACGCCAAGUUCAAUGUCGACAAGGCCCAAGCUACUGCCAACGGUGGACGUGUUUUGGAGACUUCCAUGAUGGUUGCCCCUGGAGUUAAGCUUUCUUUCAAGGCCAACAAGGGAGCUGAUCUUGGAGUUGACUACAAGUCUGGAAACUUUUGCGCAACCGGAAAAUUCGAUGCCGCCAACAUGUCGAAGGUUAGCUCCAGUGCUUGCAUCGCUUUGCCAUCUGGUGUCAUUGCUGGAGGAGAUGCUACCUAUUCCCUUGGUGAAAAGGCUGGACUUUCUGGAUUGAACAUGGGUGCCAGCUACUCCCAUGGACAACUCUCUGCCAGUGUCACCUCUGCCAGCAAGUUCUCACAAUUCAACCUUGGCCUUCUCUACAAGGUCAACGACGAGGUCACCCUUGCAUCUCAAACUGCUCAUUCUAGUGAGAAGACUUGCGACGUUGGCGGAGUUGGAGGUUCGUACAAGGCUCCUUUCGGACUCAUCAAGGCCAAGUACUCCGGAUCUGGACAAGUUUCGGCCUCUUUGAUCAAGGACAUUGCCCCCAAGGUUUCCUUGACUGCUUCUGGAACUGUUGAUGUUUCCGACUUCUCCACUUUCAAGUAUGGAUUCGGACUCACCAUGUAA